AUGGCUCCCAAGCCAAGCGCGCAGCGGCGUGCCCGAUCCCCCCAGCAGGACCGCAUCGAUAACUACUUGUUCGACGACGUGGACCCCUUUGCCACGCCCGAACCAGAGACGCAGUCUAGCAAGCCCAAGGAUGGGCAGGGAUUGGGUAUCGAAGAGGAGGUCACAGUAGCGAAGAGGGCGCGUGUCCCCAGAGUCAAGCUUGACGAGACCAGGCUAUUGUCAGAAGCCGGAAUCCCGAAGCUGAGGAAGAAAGCGAGGGACUUGAAGUUGAAAGGCAAGGGCCACGAGUUCUCGGAUGCGGCCCGUCUCCUCUCAUUCUACCAGGUAUGGCUUGACGACCUGUUCCCGAAAGCCAAGUUCCUCGACGCACUGGCCAUGGUGGAAAAGGCCGGACACAAGACAACGAUGCACAAGGAACGCAUGGACUGGAUCAACGAGGGCAAGCCGAAGCCAGCCGACGACUUGGCUUACGAGGCAGAUGAGGCACCUGCUGAUACGGAACCGACAAGGAUCGCGCCCGUGUUUGAGAAGGCGAGCAGUGGCAGACCCAAGACUCCCGCGGUGGAUGAUCCCUUCGACGAAGAAGACCUCUACGCUGCCACGCCAGGAGCGCGGCGCUUGGGCACUGCCCCUGCCACGAACGGCGCUGGUUCGAGGGGUGGCGAGCCGGAUGAGGAUGACUUGGACGCGCUCAUGGCCGAGGCAGAGGCGCACCAGAGCACGUCUGGGAACGGGCCGUCGACGAGCAUCUUUGGUUCCGGAAGGACAGACCCUCAAACUCGAAAGGCCAUCGCCGAAGAGGACGACCUGGAUGCACUGAUGGCGGAGGCGGAGGCACAAGGCGAAGAGAGGAUGCGGGGACAGCCCCCGACUGAGAAAUCCAAAACGAGCCUAUUCGGACCUGGUCGACCACAACAACCAGCACCUGCGACGGGCGAUGACCCAGACGACUUGGAUGCUCUGAUGGCCGAGGCAGAGGCUCAAACGGGUCCAUCCGAGCGUACUGGCAGUGCCAGCCAAAACAAGACGGCUGGCCCUUCGGAUAGUUUUGCGGACGAGGAAGAAGCCCUGGCUGAAAUGGAUGGAUUAUGGUAG